AUGAAAUCUGAUCCGGAGCAGCCUACUGAAUUAUUCAUUAAAGAUUUUUUGCUAUUUUGUUAUUUCACCGAUUGGGAUCAAUACAAUGAAAAUAGAUAUAAAUUCGCAACUUCUGACAUUGACCCAUUUAUUUGCACGCAUAUCAUAUACGCUUUCGCGCAACUCAAUAAGGAUUUUAUGAUCGCUAACACUGAAUGGAACCAUAAAAAAUUAUACAGGGAAUUGAUCAAUCUCAAACUACAAAACCCAUAUCUGAAAAUUAUUCUCUCUGUCGGUGGUUGGAGCUCUAACCAAUCUCACUUUAGCGCAUUAGCCUCGCAUCCUGUCAUCAGAAGAAAGUUUGCUAAGAACUUAGCUCGUUAUUUAUACUAUUAUGAAUUUGAUGGGGUGGAUAUCGAUUGGGAAUAUCCGGGUUUUAAUGAACGAGGAGGUCAAGUCCAAGAUAAACGAAAUCUAAACCAUUUACUAAAGGACAUAAGGACGGAAUUUGACACUAACGAGAGAGUAAACCAAGCUUCUCUCUUGCUUAUUUUAACCGGCUCAGCUAAUACCGAUAUCAUAACAUCGGGAUAUGAUAUUUUGUAUAUUUCUAGAUACAUCGAUUUUAUUACUGUCAUGACAUAUGAUUAUAAUGGAUGCUGGGACACCUCUAAAUUGAUUGGAUACCUAAGCCCUUAUAAUGAUUUAGAUGAGAAGGAAGAAAAUGUUCACAAAUCUCUGAGUCACUGGAUGGAUAACGGGAUGGCACCGCACAAAAUACUAGUAGGUAUAGCAGCAUUUGGACGUAGUUAUAUCACUCCGAACAUAGGCAACCAGCUGUUGCUGAUUCAAAAAUGGAGAGCUGAACACAGAACCAGUGACAAAAAAAGCAAAAGCAUGAAGCCCAUUUUCUUGAAUUGCGGAAAAACUGGGGUAUACAAAGACCAACCCGGAUACUUAUUGUACAGUGAAAUAUGUGAAAACAUCAACUAUAAAAACUGGUCUGUGGGUUACGAUAAUAUGGCUGAUGCUCCUUUUGCCUACUCUGGCGAUCAAUUUGUUUCGUAUGAAAAUGAAAAAAGUAUUGUAAACAAGAUAAAACUAAUCGACAACUAUAAUUUGGCGGGAGCUACCAUUUGGUCAUUAGCGGGGGACGAUCCACAUGGAAAAUAUUGCGAGAAUAAAAAUUUUCCUAUUACUAAUUUUGUUUUCAAAAAAUUGAGAAUCCAUUAUACAACGUAAUAGUUUUUAUAAUAAAUAUUUAUUGCGGAAAAAUAC